AUGUAAAAUAUCUUACCUAAAACUGGCAGCAUCAAGGACAAAGUAGUUGCUGAGGACUUGUUGGCUGAGAGGAAAAAUUUAAAUUUCGAUUAGCUUGAGCUAACUAACUUUGUAUUUGGAGGCGAAGAGAAUUAUAAAAACUAUCAAGAGUGGACUAAAAUUCUCGAGUCUGAUCCUAUUCUACACAAUCAUCACGAAUUUUAUGAGUUUACAAGAGAGGAGCAAAUCGAACACAAUUUGCAAAAAGUCAAAAGAAUGUAUGAAAUCGAUAAAAAAAAGUACUUCCAAGAUUAUUCAGAAGGAUAUUUCCAAUGGUACUACUAUAUUUUUAAGGGAAUUUCUCCAUAUGGUCUUCAUUCAACAAUGUUUGUCUCUUGCAUUGAUUGUCUGUCUGAUGAUGAGCAAAGAGCGAAAUGGUUACACAUGGCUAAGGAUUUCAAAAUGCUUGGAUGCUACGCCUAAACAGAAUUAGGUCAUGGAUCAAAUGUGACUGGAGUUGAGACUACUGCAACUUUUGAUAAGUAAACAGAUGAAAUUAUAAUUAACACUCCAACCAUCACAGCAACUAAAUUUUGGCCAGGUGAAUUAGGCAAACUUACAAACUUUGCAAUGGUCUACGCUAACCUUAUAUCAAAUGGAAAGAAUUAUGGAGUGCAGCCAUUCUUAGUUUAGAUAAGAGAUUUUGAAAAUCACCAGCCUGUAUAAGGAGUAGAAAUUGGGGAUAUUGGCUCCAAGUUUGGAUUUAAUGGUAAAGAUAAUGGCUUUAUCAUCUUUAAUAAUCUAAGAAUUCCAAGAGGAAACAUGCUUCAAAGAUUUUCCGAAUUGGAUAGAGAAGGCAACUUCAAGGUUAAAGGAAAUUAAAAGGCACUUUUCUCUGUCAUGCUUAUGGGCAGAGUUCAACUGAUAAAUUUCUCAUCUUUUGGACUUCACUGGGCUCUCUUAGUUGGAACAAGAUAUGCUGCUGUCAGAAGGCAAUUUGCAAAUUAAGAAGGAGACAAACUUGAGAGAAAACUACUAGAUUAUCAAACACACAUGAUGAAAUAUGGACCUUUUUUAGCAUACUCAAUUGCUUUUAGAUUCGCAGUGACCGAUCUAAUUAAAAUGCACAAGAAAUUACUUGCUGGCUUAGUCAAUAAUGAUUUUGGCAACUUAGAACUUUUGCAUCAUAUAACCUCUGGAUACAAAUCGGUCUUUACAACACUUUCAUAUGAUGCUAUAGAUGAAAUAAGGCAGUCGUGUGGUGGUGCAGGAUUCCUAUCAUGGUCUUCUCUGCCUUCCCUUCAAUAAGAUUUCGCUCCGAAUACAACUUUCGAAGGUGACAAUACAGUGAUGCUCCAACAAGCAGCUAGACUCAUAAUGAAGAAUGUCACUUUAGUAAUGAAAGGGAAAAAGCCUCAUGAAUUUUUCGCUCACCUAGAAUUAAUCAAGGAUCUACCAGUAGCAAAUAAGACUCUUUCAUCUGUUUCUGAGGUUCUAGAAUUAGAAUAUCUUGAUUUAGCUUUGGCUACGAGAGCAGCUUUUAAGAUAAGGUUCUUUAUGGAGAAGUAUAUGACAACUGAAGCGACCGAAAAUGAAAAGUUAAACUCCCUAUUAGCUAUAGAUAUCCUCCCAAUGGUCAAGGCUCAUGUUAUGUAUACUACAUUUAGACAUUUUAGACAAGGAAUAGAGAGCAAUGGCUUUAAAUGUGAAAACCUCAAGAAGCACUUUAGAAACUUGUGCAGACUCUAUGCAUUAAAUGAAUUGACCUAAGACAACCAAUCAUUGUACGAAUGUGGGUUCUUUACUCAGGGAACCAUGAAAAUAAUCAGCUAAGGAUUAAAGCAGCUUCUUUAAGAAAUUAGACCUCACAUGAUUCCACUGGUAGAAUCUUUAAGAAUCCCAGAUAGCAUUCUUGUAUCAUCAAUCGGUAACUCUUACGGAGACAUCUAUGAAACCUAGUUAGAAUGGGCGAAAGGUAGCAGACUUAAUAAAUCUACAACUAUCAAAGGCUUUAAGGAACUGAUAUUGCCAAUUGUGAAUGGAAAGCUUUGA